AUGCAUUCAGAAAGGCCUGUUGCAGAUCCUCCGGCAGAGCCGGCAGUGGCAGAGACCCUCGCGCCCAAUGAAGAGACAAGUACUGGUUGGGCCGCCUUAGCAACGCCGGACUCCCCGACACCGACACCACGCACUGACGAAGUGGAGGAGGCGGAGAUGCAGCUCGCGGCUCCCGCUUUGCCAGAGGCAUCGCCGCCGUUGUCGUCUGUGCCCACUCCUGCGCGGAGCCAGAAGCGACCACUCUUGGCGCCCGCGACAUCAAAUUCUGCAUCGGUGGAAGUGACAGAAAGAGCGGAGACGGCCGAUGCUU